UAUAGUUAUUAUAAUGGCGUUCACUUUGAUUGCUUUUUCAUAUAUCGUAGCUUUAAUUGUUGAUGCAUUUUUAAUAAUUUUUACAAUAUUUCACGUUGCUGCAUUUGAUGAAUUAAAAACUGGUUAUAAAAAUCCCAUUGAACAAUGUAAUAAUUUAAAUUCGCUAAUUAUUCCAGAAUAUGGAUUACAUAUUUUAAUCAACAUUUUAUUUUUAAGUAGUGGACAGUGGCUUUCAUUAUUUCUAAAUAUUCCAUUAAUAAUAUAUCACUUAUGGCAAUAUUAUCAUAGACCUAUUAUGUCUAAACCAGGAAUUUAUGACCCAACUAGUAUAAUGAAUGUUCAAACUCUUAAAGUUCAUCAAAGGGAAGGAUGGAGUAAACUUACAUUUUAUCUUUUAUUGUUUUUUUAUUAUUUAUAUGGGUAA